GGGGCUGCCAGGGGCUAUUUCAGCAUCCAGCGCCGGCCGAGCGGGGCAGCUCCAGACGCAGCGGCGAGCGCGGCGGAACGCUUCCCAUCCCGACCACCUUUCCCCACCUCGCCUUGCCUGCUCCUCUCCUCCUCCUUCUUCUUCACCUUCUUCUUCCUCGUCCCCCCCCCCCAGCUCAAGGCCUUCCUUUGAAGUCACGUGGAAACCCCCUCCCUCCCCCGCACCACGAUCGCAGCCCCCCGAAUUCCCGGCGCGUAGGGGGGGACGGGGGACGGCCUCCGCUUCAUUGUGACGCAAGCAGCCUGGAGAAGCCGGCGCUCUCGUCCCGCCAAGCCCGCGCGCUGCCGGAGCCAGACAGCGGCGAGGCGGGAGAGGAGAGGGAGCGAGCCGGAGUCCCCGGAGGCGGCGGCGGAGGGAGAGCCGAGAGCCGCGGACGGGGGUGGAUCUGGUGUUGUGGUGCUGCCUGUGUUAGACGGACGAAUGUAGAACGCAACUUAGUGGAGGCUUGCAAAGACGUUGGAAGAAUUAGGACUUUUAUUAUCCAACAAAGCCAAUGAAGAUGUGCAUAGCAGAAUGAUGGAAGCACCUGAAUACCUUGAUUUGGAUGAAAUAGAUUUUAGUGAUGAUAUAUCUUAUUCAGUAACUUCCCUCAAGACUAUCCCAGAAUUACGCAGGAAGUGUGACUCACAAAAUGAAGACAGAACAGUUCCCAGCACGAAUUGGAGUUCAGGAGUCUCGACGGUCCUUGGAAAUGCACAAAAACCAACAGGCAUUGCGGAUAUGUACAGUAAAUUCAGACCGGUGAAGAGGGUUUCUCCCCUUAAGCACCAACCAGAGAACUCAGAAAAUAAUGAAAGUGAUGACCAAAAGAACCAGAAGAUGGAGUGCCAGAAAGGCAGUGACUCUCCACCUGCACCUCAGAACGGUGAUCAACUUCCAGCUAAUGGAGAGAGCCUUAAAACAAAAUGCAUUGAGCCUGGAGUUCUGCUUGGUGAGUUGGAGCACUACGACCUAGACAUGGAUGAAAUUUUGGAUGUGCCUUACAUUAAAUCAAGCCAGCAGCUAGCUGCUUUUGCCAAGGCUGCUCCAGAGAAACGGAUUUUGAGUGUGUACUCAACGCUGAAUGGUCUCAGUGGCAAGUCAUGCCCAGCAGGGAACACAGAGAAGGCACCGACAGGGACAACACAGUUUUGUGUUCUGUCCCCUGUGAAAAGCUCCCAGCUGAGAAAAGGGCAGCCCAUUGUCCCCGAUCAGCACAAGCAUUUAGCUGAAGAAUUGGAGUCCCCCCAGCCGCUAGUGAAAUGUGGUUUGGUCCAUGAACCCGAAGCCCAGACCAAGGGCUUCCUCAACAGGACGUUGGCUGAUAAAAUGGAGAAGACGGUGCCCCGCUGUCAGUUAAAGACUUUUCAUCUGCAGGCAGCAGCGCCAGAAAGCAAACAGGAUGAACUAAACCUCAGUAUGAACUGGAGCAGCCCCGGAGGUCCAGAAGAAAGGAGCGAGGACGUGAAGAAAAACAAGAGCAUCUUAAAUAUUGUGAAAGAAGGGCAGAUAUCUCUACUGCCCCACCUCGCAGCUGACAACCUGGACAAGAUCCACGAUGAAAACGGCAACAACCUUUUGCAUGUUGCCGCAUCACAGGGGCAUGCAGAAUGCCUACAGCAUCUCACCUCUCUGAUGGGCGAAGACUGCUUGAAUGAGCGCAACAGCGAGCAGCUAACCCCUGCUGGCUUAGCAAUAAAGAAUGGUCAGCUGGAGUGUGUGAGAUGGAUGGUGAGUGAAACAGAAGCCAUUGCAGAAUUAAGUUGCUCAAAAGACCACCCAAGCCUUAUUCACUAUGCAGGUUGCUAUGGGCAGGAGAAAAUCCUUCUGUGGCUACUUCAGUUUAUGCAAGAACAAGGGAUUUCUUUAGAUGAAGUUGAUCAGGAUGGCAACAGUGCGGUCCAUGUAGCUGCCCAGCAUGGGUAUCUGGGAUGUAUACAGACUCUGGUUGAAUAUGGAGCAAAUGUCACUAUGCAAAACCAUGCUGGAGAAAAACCUUCCCAAAGUGCUGAGCGCCAGGGACACACCAUGUGCUCACGUUACCUGGUUGUGGUGGAGACGUGCAUGUCGUUGGCAUCCCAGGUUGUGAAGUUAACGAAACAACUGAAAGAGCAGACGGUAGAACGUGUGACAUUACAGAACCAACUCCAGCAGCUUCUAGAAACACAGAGAUCAGAGGGCAAGUCACUGCCAACAUCCCCAAGUUCGCCAUCGUCACCUACUUCUGGCAAGCUUCAAUGGAAACCAUCUGACGCAGAUGACUCGAUUCUGCCGAAAAGUAAAUUGAACACCCAUGAUGGGAUGCAGAUUCUUGGCAGUGUGGGGACUCCACACCACAACCGUCCCAAGAUGAAAGAUGAAGACUCAGAUAAAAUACUGCGCCAGCUGCUGGGGAAAGAAAUCUCUGAAAAUGUCUGCAUGCAAGAAAAGCUGUCCCUGGAAUUUCAGGAUGUCCAUGCCUCCAAGAGUACAAAGAAGCUUCCCCUGGAGAAAAAGGAGUUGAAGUUAGCAAGACUGAAGCAUCUCAUGCAGCGAUCUCUCAGUGAGUCUGAUACAGAUUCAAAUAACUCAGAGGAUCAGAAGAAUACGCCCGUGAACAGAGUGGACAAGCCAAGGCCACAGCCCAUAGUAGAAAACAUUGAAAGCACCGAGAAUUUGCAUCUGAUGAUUAAGAGGCACACUUUAUCAUCUGGGCGCCGGUUCCCUUUUGGGAUGAGAGCCUCAAAAUCUUUGGAUGGCAACAGCCCUUCUCCCACUUCGGAAAGUAGUGAUCCUGAUAAUGAGUCCCAGUACCAGACUGGGACUAUAUCUCAGAGCCAGGCCAUGGGAGAUACCUGCCAGCCGAGCUCUGAUGCCAUCACGACUCACAAAGUGGCCACAAGUCCCAAGAGUGCCCUCAAAUCUCCAUCUUCCAAGCGCAGAACUGCCCAGAAUUUAAAACUCAGAGUGACCUUUGAGGAGCCUGUGGCACAGGAACAAACGGAGGCUGGUUUAAAUGGGGAAAGGGACAAAGAGCGAAGUAAGGUCCUUCAGCGGCCUUCGUCCAACGCCGAAUCUGGAGACCAGCAGAAAAGGCCCUUUGGAACCUUCCGCUCCAUAAUGGAGACACUGAGCGGGAACCAGAACAAUAAUAAUAACUAUCAGACUUCAAGCCUAAUCAAGACCUCAUCACCCUUUACCUCAUUAGGAAGGAAAGCCACAGAUAGCAAGGGAAAUUCAGCAACUUCUGCAAAAGGAAAAAAUAAGCCAGCGCCCUACCCUGGCUGCAUCAGUUUUUCCACUGGCAUGCUGAUUGAACGCCGCCUGUGUAACUAUGCAUGGCAUAACAACAUGAAUAGGAAACUCCAGCGAUCUUACAGCAAAGAUUUUUCCGAAGAACCAGAGCUGCAAGAAUUCUUCCUUUGACUCGCAUCUCACGGGAUCUCAGUCUUCCUCCAAACAUGGCCCGAAAUCUUCCCACUUGAAAACUUAACUAUGAGACGUAACUUUCACCAGCAGAAUAACAGACUCUUAGGAUGCCUUAAAUUUGUAGCAGCUAGACCAUAUAAAAAAAUUAAUAUGUGUCUAUGUCACUUGUUUGUAAGGUGUACUGUUUUAAGGCAAAGGUGAGCAAAAGCCAUGAUUUGGAAACAUAGCAAUGCAAAGAACCUCUGGAAUGAUCUUCUGACAUCCAUCAUUUUGUGGCCAUUACUUGUUGCAUGGAUAUAAUGUAACAUGUCUUGUAUUUCCUUUUCUCAGAACCUAACUGUGUCUGUAAAAAUAAGGACUCUGAUUAGCCAAAUCCUCACUGAGCGCAGGACAAGCGCUCUUCCCAACCCCACCCCGGCCACCCUCUUGUUGAACUAUGUUUUGUCGCUAUUUCUAAUUUUUUGUAUAAAAGAAAAUAAACCAGUGUUAACCAAAACACAGUGUGAACAUAA